AUGGCUCAACCGCCGCCUCAGCUGCCUCCCGGCUGGGUCUCGCAGUGGGACCAAAAUGCGGGUCGUCAGGUUUUUGUAGAGACAGCGACCGGCCGAACCAGCUGGCAGCCCCCCUCCGCUGGACCCGGUGGUGCGGCGCCUUCGCAACAGCAGCAGCAGCGUCCUACCCACCCUCAAGGUCAGGCGCGAAUGUCGAUGCCUUCCAUCCAGCCACCAUCCGGCAUGCGAGGCCCGUCUCUCAGUCCCAUUCCACAGCAUGGUCCUGGCGCUCCUCUCAGCCCUUCUGCUGCGGGCUCUCCUUCGCAGGCUUCCGUCGGUCCUGGUGCUAGCCGAAGACGCGCCUACCCAACAGCUCACCUCGCCGCCAACAGUAUCAGCUAUGCCGGUGGGUUUGAUGCUGGUGCCACUGCUGCUUCUGGUUACCCCGGCGCCCAAGAUGCUCAGCCUCAGCUCUUCACUCCUGGCGCUCCAGAACAGGCUCCCUCGCAGUACGGUGGUGCCGCUCAGCCUGCUCCUGGCGCUCCUGGCAUGUCUCCCGCUCCUGGUGCAUCAGCUGUUGGCGCUGCGCCCGGCUACGCUGCUGGUGGUGUCCAUGGCCUCACAAAUCAGUUCCAGGGCAUGGGCGUGGGCGGUGGAAUGGGCGCGGGUGGUAUGGCGCAGAAGCUCAGCACUCUUCAGACCGUCAACAUCAGCGGCGCUCAGCCCAAUGUCAACGAACUUGAACGUCCUCCUCCCGAGAUCCGUCUGCCGCCCAACGCAUGCGUCUCGACCAACCCCAAAGCCAACGCCGAUCCUUCCUACCAGCGAUCCACGCUCAACGCCGUUCCCACCACCUCCUCGCUCCUCCAAAAGUCCAAGAUCCCCCUCGGUCUCAUCCUUUGUCCUUAUCGCUCUGUGCGUGAGGCAGACGGUGACGAGCCCGUGCCGGUCGUGACCGACACCGUCAUCGCGCGUUGUCGCAGGUGCCGAACCUACAUCAACCCCUACGUCACCUUCAUCGAGAACGGCAAUCGCUGGAAGUGCUGCAUGUGCAACAUCAGCAAUGAAGUACCUCAGCUCUUUGACUGGAACUCGGAGACCAAUCAGCCAGCAGACCGAUGGCAGCGAGCCGAGCUCAACCACAGCGUCGUCGAGUUCAUCGCUCCUCGCGAAUACAUGGUUCGACCUCCUCAGCCUCCCGUCUACACGUUCCUCAUCGACGUCAGCUACCAGGCCAUCAACAGCGGUAUGGUCGCAACCGCUGCUCGCACCAUUCUCGAAACGCUCGACCGCCUGCCCAACUCGGACAACCGCGCCAAGAUCUGCAUCAUCGGUGUCGACACCAGCCUUCACUUCUUCAGCAUCACUCCCGAGAGCACUGAACCCGAGAUGCUCGUCGUCAGCGACCUGGAUGACGUCUUCCUGCCCAAGCCCAACGACCUGCUCGUCAACCUUACUGAAUGCAGAGCCGGUGUCGACGCGUUGUUGCAGAGGCUAGGCGACAUGUACAAGGACUCGCUCGUCACGGGAUCCGCGCUCGGUGCUGCCUUGCAAGCUGCGUACAAGCUCAUCUCGCCCAUCGGCGGUAAGAUUAUGGUGCUCACCGCCUCGCUCCCCAGCGUCGGACCUGGCGCGCUCAAGAGUCGAGAGGACCCCAAGCUGCUCGGCACUGCCAAGGAGAGCACCCUUUUGGCUGCGGCAUCCACCUUUUACAAGACCUUCCCCAUCGACUGCUCCCGAUCGCAAGUCUCGGUCGACAUGUUCCUCUUCGCGCCCUCGUACACCGAUGUCGCCACGCUCUCGUGCCUUCCACGCUACACGGGUGGUCAGACCUUCUUCUACCCGGCCUUCCACGCCGGCCGAUCUGAAGACGCUGUCAAGUUCUCGCACGAGUUCUCUGAGGUGCUCGCCAGUCCCAUCAGCUACGAGGCUGUGCUGCGUCUGCGAGCCACCAAGGGUAUUCGCGCCACUGCCUUCCACGGCAACUUUUUCGUUCGAUCCACCGAUCUGCUGGCUCUGCCCGCUGUGCCGCUCGACCAGAGCUACGCCAUCGAGUGCGAGAUUGAAGAGACGAUCACCGCACCCUUUGUCGUGUUCCAGUCGGUGGUGCUGCACAGUACCAGCUCGGGCGAGCGUCGGAUCCGUGUCGUCAACCUGGCGCUGCCGACCACCAGCUCCAUGUCCGAAGUGUAUGCCAACGCCGAUCAGGUCGCCAUCGCCACGCUUCUGGCCAACAAGGCGGUGGAGCGUGCGAUCCACUCUCGACUCGAGGACGCUCGCGAUGCGCUGUUCAACAAGCUGGUCGACGUCUUCUCGACGUACAAGUCGACCAUGACCUCGGCAGGCUCCGGCGCCAGCCCUCAGCUUGCGAUCGCGCAGAACAUGGCGCAGUUGCCAUUGCUGGUGCUUUCCCUGCUCAAGCACGUCGGUAUCCGACAGUCGUCUUCGAUCCCGUCGGAUCUGCGUGCCUACGCUCAAGCACUGCUCACGACGCUGCCGGCGCAGCAGCUGAUCCCCUACAUCCAUCCGAGCUUCUACUGCCUGCACAACAUGGCCCCCGAAGCCGGCACCACGGUGGCAGAAAAGGGCUUUGUGAUGCCUCUCAAGCUCAACCUCACCUCCGAACGAUUCGAGCGUCACGGGCUGUACCUCAUCGAAGACGGACAGAACAUCUUCCUCUGGGUUGGUCGCGAAGCGGUGCCGCAGCUGUGCAUGGACGUGUUUGACGUGGCCAACUACGGCACGCUGCGCGGUGGCAAGACGACGCUUCCCAAGCUGGACAACAGCAUGAACCAGCGCGUUAAUGCGAUUGUACAGAGGAUCAGGGAGAGCCGACGAGGUCCCUACCGCCCGCACCUGUACGUGGUCAAGGAGGACGGCGAGCCGAGUCUGCGCCUGUGGGCCCUGAGCCUGCUGAUCGAGGACAGGUUCGAGCAGACACCGAGCUACAUGCAGUUCAUCGGUCAGCUGAGGGACAAGGUGAAUGGCGGGUCGUAG